UAAAUUAGAAUAACCAGUUGUGAAAAUGGCAGACGAUGUUGACGACGAUUUGACAGAAUUAUUUGAAUGUGCCUGUAAUUACAUAAGACAAUCCUCUGGAAAGUUUGACAGCGAAAAGCUGUUAUAUUUCUACUCAAGAUAUAAACAGGCUACAGAAGGAAAAUGCAAUACCAGUAAGCCAGGGAUUUUUGAUUUUCAAGGAAAGCACAAAUGGGAAGCAUGGAGGAAGUUGGGAGAUAUGUCCAAGAAAGCAGCCAUGUUCCAGUACAUUACUUACUUAGGGAAUAUAGACCCUGAGUGGCAAGAAAAGGUAAAUAAGUCUGACUGUGGAGAUGACCUUGGUGACACUGCCUCUGUGGGAAGUGGCUGGGUGUCUGUCAGUACUAUGUCCAACACUGACACAGAGAUCGCAGAUGAAAACAAAACUCUGUUUGAUUGGUGUAAGGAUGGAAACACACUACAAGUCCAGAAUAUCCUGUCUGGUUGUGAUGGUAACGAGGUCAACAUCACAGAUGAAGCAGGAAUGACACUUCUCCACUGGGCAUGUGAUCGUGGAUUAUCUGAUAUGGUGGAUGUCCUCAUUAAACUAAAAGCAGACAUCAAUGCACAGGACCUUGAGCUACAAACACCACUGCAUUUUGCUGUGUGCUGUGAGCAAGAGGAAGUUGUAAGGCAAUUAUUAAACAGUGGAGCCAAUUUGUCCCUCAAAGACAGUGACGGUCUGAAUCCUGUGGAACUGGACACAUCUAUAGAAAUAAAAGAGUUAUUUGAAAAAUACAUUUGAUUGAGGUUCUACCCUUUCUUAGACAUUCCAGAUUGGUUCAGCCAGCCAUGUGUUGUGGAGGUCCAAUCUGUUUCUGUACUGAUGAUCUUUCAUCUAUUUAUAAUUAUUGAAUGAACCAAAUUAUUUUGAAUGUGAAUUGGAAAUCCAGCUAAAAACAAAAAAACAAAACUCAAAAGAAAAUACAGUUGUACAAAUUUUAAUACAAUUGUCUCCAUUAUGAUAUUCAAGUUUUCAUUGUUUGUAUGCUGAACAUUCUUUAUGUUUGACCCAGUUGUAACAGUUAUUAAAAAGGCUGACUCUAAUAAUUGGUAUAAUUGACAAGAGGAGACUGUUCAGAUUACCUCCCCUUGUUUUACUAAGCAUUUGAUAUAUACCUGCAAGUUCAUUAUGAAAAGGAAGACAAUAGUAAGAUACCCUAUUGGUUUUAUUAUGAUGACCUCACAUUAAAUUGUACUUUAUCAAAAUGUCUGCUUGCAGCGUUUAAAAUUCAGUGGUAUUUAUACAUGUAUAUGAUUUUAAAUUUUUGUAUUGGUUGAAAUAUUUUCCCAUUUAUCCUUUAUUUGUUUCAAUAUAGAUGUCUCACAUUCUGGAAUCUCAAUACAUACACCAAUUCAUAAGACAGAAGAAAUGUCAACAAAUUUGUAUAUACCCAGAAGAUCAAUCCCAUUAAAAACUUUUAUGAAAAUGGAUUUAAACACAGAAUGAAAAGUUGAAAACAGGCAUCUGCAUGAUAUGAAUGUUCUGUAUAUGUGCUAUUCAAAUUCUGCAGUUACAUACUUGAACUACUUGAAGGUGUUGAUAUGGGUAAGAUUGGGUGACAACACUUCAAUAGGAUUUUACAGCCUAACAUAUGCAGUGGCGAGAAUAUUUAUUACCUGGGUAAACUUUCAUGUUGGACCAAGUAUACAUACAAGGCAUCUCAAUUUUGUAACUGAAUUUUUAAAGGAUAAUUUCAUUUGCGAAUUUAUGUGUAUGCAUAUAAACGUUAUUAUUUUUUAUAUUUUCAUGUAAUUUCAAUUCUGUUAAUUUUGAUUUGCUGAAUUUUAGUUGAACACUUUUGAUGUUGUGUGUGAUGUGUGUGUUGAAUGGUUUACAUCAUUAGUAAAAGGGUAAAAGACUUGGCGAAGUUUUGUAAACCCUAUGCUUACUUGAAAUAAAUCACAAGCAUGAAAGGA